AUGGUUCGCUUUAUCAGGGCAGCCUUUUUGUUUAUUUCAAUCCUCGGUCUUACUCAAGGCUUCAUGAAUGACCCACCCAACAGGCCACCACGCGCAGGCAAACGUACCCAUCGGGGCUGCUAUCGCAGCCUGUCAGACACGGCCGACCCAGUCGUCAAGGCCAAAGGCGACAAGACCAAGAACACAUGGACGGCCUGCGGCCAAUACUGCCUCGCCAAAAGAAAGCCCAUGGCUCUGGUCCAAGGGGAAGACUGCUACUGUUCAGAAACCAUACCGAAUCGGCGCAGAAGUGUCGGGGGCUUCGGCCAUUAUUGUAUGGACCCUUGCCCAGGCAAACCAACUGACCUUGUCGCAUGUGGUAGCGAAAGAUUUGGAAGUUACAGUGCUAUCAACACUGGUCUCAAAAGCGAGCUUAAACCUGAUCAGGACGCGCUGCCUCAUGACCCAAUACCUGGUUGCUUGGGGUGUAUUUUCAAGUUGCCCAGUGAUGUCUUAUUUCCACGCGAGGCUAGUGGUGUUAAGAGCUACCGUGACGCUUGCAGAUAUCUCGAGUCGAAGACGUUCAUGAUGUACGACAAGCAGUGCGUUUGCACGAACGAUACUUUGUCGGUACAUACUCUUGAUCGCGUAUCAGAGGAAAUGUGUUCUUUCCGCUGGGCUAGGAAGCCUUGCGGGGGAUAUUCGUAUUCUCCUCGCUCGGAGCUUUCCAACGUGUACGACGCCAGUGAGCCUGAGAAGUCUGCGCCUGAUGUAACCAAGUCGCAAAGUGCCGCAACACCUACCGUCACCUAG